GUUCCCCGUGCUCCCAGUUGCUCUCCUGUCGAAGGGAGACCACUGCAUGGUGGACGGUGACCCCGAGGCAAACCGGGGACUAAACCCAGAGCCUCACGGACUGAACUCAGGUUCAUCACUUCAAUGCCUCCCAAGAGGAAGAAGGAUGUUGUGAUCCGGUCUGAAGAUGUGGGAAUUGAGAUCGAUGCCCAGGAGGACAGUGGGAGUGAGGAGGAGGCCAGGAGAAGAGCCAGAAACAGGAGAGCCAAACCUUCUCCACGUAGAGCCAAACGCCCAGUGAGCGAUGACGAAGACGAGGAGGAGGAGGAGGAAGAGCCCCCGAGGAGGAAAGGACGGCGGGGGAAGGCCAAGGUGCAGGACAGUGAUGAGGAGGAGGAAGAGGAGGAGAAAAAGGGCAGGAAAAAGAAACCUGUCAAAGCUUCCAACAGGAAGAAAAAGGCAGUGAAGGAGGAGAGUGAGGAAGAGGAGGAGGAGAGCGCAGAGGAACGAGGGAAGAAUAAAAAACGAGGCAAAGCGCCGAGCAAAAAGGAGAAGGAGGAGCAGAACAAGGUGAAGAAAAGCGGCAAGGACAAAGGAAGCGAGAAAAACAAGAGAAAGAACAGUGGAAAGUUCAGCAGGUGCAGUAUUCUCUCGUCGGGGUCGGGUUCUGACUCUGACUCUCUGUCGGAGGGCGAGAUGGAGCUCCUGAAGGAGGAGGUAGAGGAGAAGAAGAAGCUCAUCACGACUUUGAGGAACAAACCCUGGCGCAUGAAGAGGAGACUCCAACAACUCAAGGAGGCCCAGGCGUUUGUGGAGAAGUUUGAAGGCGCUUUAGGCAAAGGAAAAGGCAGGAAGCUCUACGCAUACAAAGUGAUGAUGGCCAAGAAAUUGAUCAAAUUCAAGCGUGACUUUGAGAACUUCAAAACUGCUUGUAUCCCCUGGGAGAGGAAGAUCAAGGAGGUGGAAAGUCACUUUGGUUCCUCGGUGGCCUCCUACUUCAUCUUCCUGAGGUGGAUGUAUGGCCUCAACCUGGUCCUCUUUGGUUUCAUGUUUGGGCUUGUGGUCAUGCCUGAGGUUCUAAUGGGUCUUCCCUAUGGCUCCAUUCCCAGGAAAACCGUCCCCAGACCGUUGCAGGAAACAGCGAUGGACCUUUCAGUCUUACUUGACUUUGGUGGGUUCAUGAAGUACUCGGUCCUGUUCUAUGGUUACUAUAACGACGAGCGGACCAUCGGUGUGCUGCAGUUCAGGCUGCCGCUCUCCUACCUGCUGGUGGGCGUCGGCAUCUUCGGCUACAGCCUCAUGGUCGUCAUCAGAACGAUGGCCCGCAACGCCAACGAGGGAGGGGACGGGACGGACGAGGGGGACUUCAACUUCAGCUGGAAGAUGUUCACCAGCUGGGACUACCUGAUAGGAAACCCCGAGACCGCAGACAACAAGUUCGCCUCCAUCACCACCAGUUUCAAGGAGUCCAUCGUGGACGAGCAGGAGAACCAGAAGGACGAGAACAUCCACCUGCGCCGGUUCCUUCGGGUGCUGGCCAACUUCUUCAUCCUGUGCACCCUGGGGGGCAGCGGCUACCUCAUCUACUUCGUGGUGAAGCGCUCCCAGGAGUUCGCAGAGAUCGACCAAGACAACCUCUCCUGGUUUGAGAAGAACGAGGUGGAGUUUGUCAUGUCCCUCCUGGGGCUGGUGUGUCCUCCUCUGUUUGAGACCAUCGCCGAGCUGGAGGAGUACCAUCCCCGCAUCGCCCUCAAGUGGCAGCUGGGGCGCAUCUUCGCCCUCUUUCUGGGGAACCUCUACACCUUCCUCUUCGCCCUGUUCGAUGAGGUCAACGCCAAGCUGGAAAACGAAAAGUCCAUUAAGAACGCCACCAUCACAGCAUACAACGAGUACUACUCCAACUACAGCUCCUUCUACAACACCACCGACGUGCCCCCACUCGACAUCCAGCCUGCAGACGCCAUCAGGGGACCCUGCUGGGAGACCGCAGUUGGAAUCGAGUUUGUGAAGCUGACCGUCUCGGACAUCCAGGUGACCUACCUCACCAUCCUCAUCGGGGACUUCCUGCGAGCGGUCCUGGUCCGCUUCCUCAACUACUGCUGGUGCUGGGAUCUGGAGGCGGGCUUUCCUUCAUAUGGAGAGUUUGACAUCAGCGGGAAUGUGCUCGGGCUCAUCUUUAACCAAGGCAUGAUAUGGAUGGGGGCCUUCUACGCCCCGGGCCUGGUGGGCCUCAACGUGCUGCGCCUCCUCUCCUCCAUGUACUACCAGUGCUGGGCGGUGAUGAGCUGCAACGUGCCCCAUGAGAGGGUGUUCAAGGCCUCGCGCUCCAACAACUUCUACAUGGCCCUGCUGCUGCUGGUGCUCUUCCUCAGCCUGCUGCCGGUGGUGUACACCAUCAUGACCCUCUCGCCCUCCUUUGACUGCGGGCCCUUCAGUGGCAGGGAGAAGAUGUAUGAAAUCGUCAUGGAGACGAUCGAGAAAGACCUCCCGGCCUUCAUCGGGAACAUCUUCACCUACGCCACCAACCCCGGCCUCAUCCUCCCGGCCGUUCUCCUCAUGGUCCUUGCCCUGUACUACCUGAACGCUCUGUCUAAGGGAUACCAGCAGGCCAACCUCGACCUCAAGAAGAAGAUGCAGAUGACCCGAGAUGAGGAGAAGAACCGCCGGAACAACAAGGACAGCACCAACCAGGUCAUGAAGGAUCUGGAUGAUCUGCUGCCCAAUAGAUCUCUCAUACCCCCCCCUGAGGAGGAGGAGCCACCCCCGCCUGUCGCUCAAAAGGGAAGCAAGUCUCCUAAACUGAAGCCCGGCUCGGCAGCCAAUGGGAAAGGAGUCAACCUCCAGAAAGAGGUCUCCUUGGCCGCAACCAACCCCAGGGGCGUAGUGAACCGACCCCCGGGGCCCCGAGGGGGACCCCCCGGUAACAUCAGGGGCCCUCAGCCUGGACCAGGGAGGGGCAGGGGCCGGGGGGGGCCCUCCUCCAAGGCAAUAGGGUUCAUAAGGGGCUGUUAGGGUCCCUGAAUGAUCUGCUGCUCAACGGAUGGAAAAUCACGUCAACAGGGGGGCAUCCCCGAUCAAGACCGUAGGAUUACAUUAAAGGGGACUUAUCAUACCACCAGGUGUGAGUGUGAUUAGCCAUAACAAGCUGUUUU